GGGCGCAUCCUACUGAUGAUUAUUUGUCACUUUGUGCGUCAUUUAUUUACCUUUCACGUAACAGCAUCCAAGAUUUACAGCUGCAACUUUGAUGACGGUCUGUGUAAAGGUUGGAAACAUUUUCCAUAUCCCUGGAACAACACCAACGAUAAUUCAACGGCAUUAGGAAUAUCUAAAAGUAGUGGCGGAGUUGACUUUCCGUUUCCAGGUAACUAUUCCCUAGAAUCACCAUGGUUACCUUGGAAAUCAGUCUACAGUCGCAUCAGUUUUUGUGUAGAGUUUUCAUACCUUCUUCGCACCAAUACAACAUCAAGCAUCGAGGUUCACAUUGUCACAAGAACCAAUAAUAGCCAGUUAUUAUGGUCCGUGUCAGGCUUUCAAGGGGAUGUCUGGGCACGAGCCGGGAUACCUGUGUCAACAUGGGAAGCUUAUAAGAUUGUCUUCAAGGGAAGGUCGGUACUGAACGAUAGUAUUGGAGUAGCCAUAAAACAGUUCGAUGUGAACACAGAAGAAUGUAGGCUUCAUCCUUAUUACGGAGCACCAGGAUAUUCAUGCAAGGCUAGUGAAUUCAGGUGUUCUAAUGGACAGUGCGUGAGCAAGACCUUCCAGUGUAAUGGACUCAUAGAUGGAUGUCUUGAUGGAUCUGACGAGGAUCAAUGUGACUGUCCUACUGGGUAUUUUAGAUGCUCUCAUCAAAAAUGUAUUAAAGCUGAUAGGUUGUGUGAUGGAGUACGAGACUGUCCGGACGGCAUGGAUGAACGACGCUGUGAUAAGGGGUGUCCUGACAUUCAGUGUUUUGAUGGACCAUGUUCAACUAAGCCUUGUAACUCCAAGACACCUGGCUGCCAAGAUAAUUCUCAUCAAUUCACCUCCUGCAGGUACUGUUCAUCUGAUGCGCAGAGCUGUACGAAUCUGUCCUCCAGUGAUAUACGUUGCCAGGGUUUAAGAGGGCUUUGUGGUUUUGAAAAUGGGCCUUGCAAGCUUCAAAAAUACCCAAAUAACUCACUUGAAUGGAGGUUCUUCUCCCCGGCGCUGACCCAAGUACCACAUAGUUACCCACACUUCGACCACACUACAAUGACUGAAAAAGGAACUUACUUUCUGUUACAAUCGAACAUCCCUGACGGCCAUGGUUGCCUCGUAAUGAACUUGAACCAAGCCCAGUUGGUCUGUCUACAAUUCUGGUUUGUUAUCCCUAGCAAAUCAAACUCGAUACUUGAGAUAUCAUUUAAGAAUACAACCAAGCCGAUCAGGUUGUGGCGAUCUGCUAACUGGACUUCUGAUGAAUGGACUUUUGGCCAGGUUCAACUACCAGACAACUCUACAGGAAAGAUACUUAUUAUCGGACGCAUCAGUACUGGCUACAUAGCUCUGGACGACAUAAGCUUCACAGAAGGACACUGUACCAUUAUCAUCAACCAAGAUAAUCCUUCGUGUUAUUUCGAUGACGACGAGGUGUGUAACGGCUGGAAGACAGACAAAGCAUGGAAAAGAGCUGAAAAAAAACUACCAGGAAUGCUCAAACAUUUUUCUGUACAAGAUUCCACAGAUAGGUUCUUGAGCUUGUCCCAGUCUCUUGCCAAUCCAAGUAUCAUAUCCAGUCCCAUGAUUAAUCCUCAAGAUCAAGGUUGGCAGUGCUUGAGAUUCUGGUUUUACAGCGGGAAGAACUACUUUGAGAGAACCCUGUCAGUAUCGUUCCUAUCAGAGAAUGGCUCUAAACAAGUAUGGAGCUACAACAGUGCCAACGACAAGUGGAACUUCAUUCAACUUCAAAUCUCCAACAACUACAAAAGCUUGAAGGUGAUAAUAAAAGGAAUAAAAGACCAUGAGAAUGCAAUACUGGCUGUGGAUGACGUCACUUUCUCCAAAGAACAAUGCUACAAAAUACCGGUUCUAAGCUCUCCAUGCCAAGAAUACAAGAUUCUAGAUUCAAAGUAUCGAAGGCUUGAUUUACUAGAUAAUAUCAACCAAAUAGACUCCAUGUUUGGAACCAAAACCUGGUACCGAGUGACAGGUCAAGCUGGAAACUAUGUGGCUAACUACUGCGACAAGGGAAUGAAAUAUUUAGUCACCUACGUGUGGGUGAAUGGUUCAAGCCCUAUGGUGGAAGACGGUGAAGUACAGAUGCAAGGAUGGUUGGCAAUAAAAUGUCUAUGUUUUUAUCAAUUACGAAAGGUCAUGGUACGAAAUUGUAGUACUUUUCUGGUUUACCAAUUUCCUGAUCGCUCGUUCAAUCUCCCUACUUCUUUGGCUACGAUGUACAUACAUAAGGUCAUGGGUUUGAGUGUAGAGAAAGAAUGGAAAGACUGGUCAAGCAUGUCAAAUGAAUCACGCUGGAUGACAAUCAGUGAAGAUCAACACGAGAAGAUCAUACAAGCCAUACGACAAGAGGGUGGCACACCACCUCAACACCAUUCAUCAAAAGAUGAACGUGAUAUUGUAUUUCUACUGAAGAGGAACGCUUCCGUCCGUGUACACAUCAAUGGUCCCCUGACCGCCAUGACGUUGUGUCUAUGGACAUCCGUUAAUACCUCUUUACCUCUUACCGUAUCACUGGAUGUAGCCUUGGUUACUAGUACUACUACAUUAGCCAGAAUUGGAAAUUUGACAAGUGAUGAGUUGAGCAGGUGGAAGCACGUUUGUGUGUCGUGGAAAUCUGGCUAUGGUUUAUGGCAGGUGUAUAUUGAUGGUGUGACAACACAACAUGGCAGAGGAGUCUUGGACAAGAUAAAACUCAAGGAUGUCAUGAUGAAGAUAAACUUCGAAUCUAAUACAACAAACACCCUGGUCAAGUUCAGUAGACUCAACAUGUGGGGCAGAGAUCUGACAGAACACGAGAUUCUAUACAUGUCAUAUGAAUGUGGACAAGAGCAUGGGACUCUAGUGCAGUGGGAUCAAUAUCGUAAUAAUAUCUCUGUUGUCACAGACGAUCCUGUUACAGAAUACAGGUCUACUUGUAUUGGAAAACAAGGAAACGUAAUGAGUGUCGUCACUGGACAGUCUGGAUUACCAACUGGAAACCAAACGGCAUUGAUCAUGAGCCCGCGAUACGGAAGGUCAUCGGAAUCUCCUGGGAGAUGCUUAAGAUUCAGAUACAAGCUGUGGGGACCUGGAGCGAAAGCACUAAAGUUAUAUCAAAAACUAGACAACAAAGCGUUUCCAUGGAGACCAGUAUGGAUGGAUAAUGAUAACGGAACGAGAGGAUGGCGGGAAGGACAAGUGACACUAACAGCUGUGAUGGGAUAUCAACUUGUUAUAGAGGGCCAGACUACGAAUGCACCAGGAUUAUUAUCGAUAGGAGCACUGUAUGCCACAGAGGGAUACUGUAGUAUCCUACCUACGACUGCAGAUCAAGCUUGCAACGAAAUUCUCACCAACGAUACAGGAUACAUCCUUUCACCGUAUUACCCCGGUUACUAUAGCAACAAUGCACACUGCACAUGGACGAUAAAAGCCAGAAAAGGUCACGUGAUCCGUUUAGAAAUAAAGGCGUUUGAACUUGAGAUGAGCCCACGGUGCUCAGCGGACUCUGUUGAAGUGUAUGACGGACAGAUGGAGAAAUCGUUUCGCAUUGGUCGAUACUGUGGAGUCAGGUAUCCACCGAUCAUCCAGUCCACAUUCAACAUAUUGGUUGUAAGAUUCACGUCAAAUAACAAAAUUCACAGAAGUGGAUUUAUGUCAAGAUAUCAAACAAUUAAAG